CGCCGCGGAGCCAUCGGGAGGGAGGCAGGCAGGGAGGGAGGGAGGGGCGGCCGGCCCCUCGCCACCCGGAGCCCGCCCCUGCUCCGCCGGCCGGGCUGCAGCCCCCGGGCGCGAUUGGCUCGGCGGCGCGCCGCCUCAGCCCACCCACCCUCGGCCGCUUCCCCCGGCCGGCCGCGGCGGCGGCGGCGGCGCCAGCCAUGAACCCGCUAUUCGGCCCCAACCUCUUCCUCCUGCCGCAGGAGCAGGCGGGCCUGGGCGCGGCCGAGCAGCCUCCGCAGCCGCCCUUCCUCUUCCCCGGCGACUCGUGGGACGGGGAUCCUCUGGCCCCGCUGGGCUCCCUGGGCGUCGGCGUCGGCGGGGGCCCCUUCGCGGCGGCGCCCCCCCCGCCCGCCAUGGCGCUGCGCAACGACCUGGGCUCCAACAUCAACGUGCUGAAGACCCUCAACCUGCGCUUCCGCUGCUUCCUGGCCAAGGUGCACGAGCUGGAGCGCCGCAACCGGCAGCUGGAGAAGCAGCUCCAGCAGGCCCUGGACGAGGGGGCGGCCCGGCGGUGCGGCGCCCCCCGGCGCGACCAGGCCGUGCAGACCGGCUUCGUCAGCCCCAUCCGGCCGCUCGGGCUCUCCCUGGGCACGGCGGGGCUGGGCGCGCCGUCGAGGGGGCUGAGCUCGCCCGGGGGCCACCCGCCGGGGGCCCCGCUGACGCCCACCUCGGCCUCCGCCGCCUCCUUGCCCGGCGGCUCCUUCUCGGCCUCGCCGCGCUUCUUGCCCGGCACCAUCUGGUCCUUCUCGCAGGCGCGCCGCCUGGGGCCCGGCCCGGAGACCACCCUGGUGCAAGGGCCCGGCGUCUCCUGGGUCCACCCCGACGGCGUGGGCGUCCAGAUCGACACCAUCACGCCCGAGAUCCGCGCCCUCUACAACGUCCUGGCCAAGGUGAAGAGGGAGCGGGACGAGUAUAAGCGCAGGUGGGAAGAGGAGUACACGUUGCGUGUUCAGCUGCAAGAUCAGAUCACUGAGCUUAAUGAGGAAGCCCAAGAGGCUGAAGCAUGCCAAGAGGAGCUGGCCAUGAAGGUGGAGCAGCUUAAGGCAGAGCUGGUGGUCUUCAAGGGGCUGAUGAGUAAUAACCUUACUGAGCUAGAUACCAAGAUUCAGGAAAAGGCCAUGAAGGUAGACAUGGACAUCUGUCGACGCAUAGACAUCACAGCAAAACUGUGUGACGUGGCCCAGCAGCGUAACUGCGAGGACAUGAUCAAAAUGUUUCAGAAGCAGUUGUCUCUGCACUUAUCUCCCAUUAAGGUCCCAGCUACGAUGGGCCGGAAGCGGGACCGAAAGCUGGUCAGUGACGAAGACACUUCCCUGUCAGAGAGUGAGGCUUCUAAAAAGCUAGAGGAGGAGGAAGAAGAUGAGACCACAGCCAUGAGCAUCAAUGAAGAGAUGCAGAGGAUGCUGAACCAGCUGCGGGAAUACGAUUUUGAAGACGACUGCGAUAGCCUUACCUGGGAGGAGACGGAAGAGACACUGCUGCUCUGGGAAGACUUCUCUGGCUAUGCCAUUGCUGCUGCAGAGGCCCAGGGAGAGCAGCAACCAGAUGACAGUUUGGAGAAAGUGAUCAAAGACACAGAAUCACUCUUCAAGAGCAGGGAGAAAGAAUAUCAGGAAACCAUCGACCAAAUAGAGCUGGAACUGGCAACGGCCAAGAAUGACAUGAACCGGCAUCUUCAUGAGUACAUGGAGAUGUGCAGCAUGAAGCGUGGGCUGGAUGUGCAGAUGGAGACCUGUCGCCGACUCAUCACCCAAUCUGGGGACAGAAAGUCUCCUGCUUUCACUCCGGUACCGAACAAUGAAUCAGCCCCAAACGAGGAGAUGGAGGAGUCCGAUCGUGACCUCCCGAGUGAUGCUUCCAUAAGAUAAUGGGGGGAGGACUCUGCCCCCCUUCUGCAUAGCCCCCCUCCUGGCCCAGGAGGUUGUGGUGGUGGGGGGCCAUGUCCCGGCCAUGGCUGUGAGGGACCGAAAGGGACAAGGAGCCUUCCCAACACAUAAAGUUCUGUCAUUGUCCCUCCACGCCUGGAGGUGAAGCUAGAUAGAUGCCCUCAAGGCGUCCAGUGUCACGAUUCUUCUCCUAUCUGAUCACCUCCUUUCCGUUCUCUCCCCCUCCCAUCCCUUGCCUCUUGUGGGCUUUAGGGGGGAGACAUCUGCCUUAACUGCAGUUGAGAACCUCCUGGGGUCUAGUAAAGCCCCUCCCUCCUUUACCUCCUUUUAAUAUACAUGACUGUCCUCAUGUGCCAAGAAAUAGCACCAGGCCAAAAAAAUGAACCUUCUCUUGGUGCCGGCUGGACUCUCUGUGUGGCUCUCCUCGCUCACGGAACGCAUCUUUAGUCCCCGAAUUGUACAAGCUAGCGAGAGCCUCUCCUUUUGGGGAUGAAGACUGGGCUUUUGCUGCCUCCUCCCGCUGCCUCCCCAGCUCCGUCCUUUGCAUUUUGCUUGGUUCUGUGUCCGUGACACAAACAUUGUCUGUGAUGUGCUAUGUCUGAGGAACCAAUAAAUGGGUAUUUUCUACA